CCAGACAGUGAUGACGAUAUAGUAAAUGAGACCAGAGGGAGGAUUAACCACCAUUUCCUGUCAUGAAUACAGCUACAGACACAGUUUCCGCCGCCGCAGCAGCUCUAGCUCCGCCUCCACAGCCUCCGCAGCCUCACCGUCUCUCUACCUCUUGUGACCGUCACCCAGAAGAGCGGUUCACCGGUUUUUGCCCUUCUUGUCUCUGUGAACGUCUCUCAGUCUUAGAUCAGAGCAACAAUGGCGGUGCCUCUUCUUCUUCUUCCUCUAAAAAACCUCCGACCAUCUCUGCUGCGGCUCUCAAGGCUCUCUUUAAGCCUUCCGGUAACAACGGAGGAGGCGGUGGAAACAACAACGGAAACGGCCGGGUUAAACCCGGAUUCUUCCCGGAGCUCCGUCGUACGAAAUCUUUCUCGGCGUCUAAGAACAACGAAGGAUUCUCCGGCGUGUUUGAGCCACAACGUAGGUCUUGUGACGUCAGACUUCGAAGCUCUCUGUGGAACUUGUUUAGCCAAGAUGAGCAACGAAACCUUCCAAGCAAUGUCACCGGCGGUGAGAUUGAGGUGGAGCCGAGGAAAUCUAGCGUUGCGGAGCCUGUUUUAGAGGUUAACGAUGAAGGAGAAGCUGAAAGUGACGACGAAGUUGAAGAGGAAGAGGAGGACUUCGUUGAAGCUGGCGACUUUGAGAUUCUCAAUGAUUCCGGCGAACUAAUUGUGGAAAAAAGCGACGAGAUUGUUGAAGUUAGAGAGGAGAUUGAAGAAGCGGAGAAACCAGAAAAGGGUUUAAGCGAAGAGGAGUUGAAGCCGAUAAAGGAUUACAUAGAUCUUGAUACUCAAACCAAGAAGCCAUCGGUGCGACGGAGUUUUUGGUCGGCGGCCUCUGUUUUCAGCAAGAAGCUUCAGAAAUGGAGGCAGAAUCAAAAGAUGAAGAAGCGACGGAACGGCGGCGACCAUCGGCCGGGAUCAGCUAGAUUACCGGUGGAAAAACCGAUUGGGAGACAGCUCCGGGAUACUCAAUCUGAGAUUGCUGAUUACGGAUUCGGUCGGAGGUCGUGCGAUACCGACCCUCGAUUCUCUCUCGACGCCGGAAGAUUCUCUCUUGACGCCGGAAGAUUCUCCGUUGAUAUCGGUAGGAUCUCGCUUGAUGACCCUCGUUACUCGUUUGACGAACCGAGAGCUUCUUGGGACGGAUCUUUGAUCGGACGGACAGCGUUUCCUCCCGCCGUGAGAGCUCCUCCGCCGCCGUCAAUGCUUUCGGUGGUGGAGGAUGCGCCGCCGCCGGUGCACCGUCACGUAACCCGAGCGGAUAUGCAGUUUCCGGUGGAAGAACCGGCGCCGCCACCACCGGUGGUUAACCAAACUAACGGUGUGUCCGACCCGGUUAUCAUCCCGGGCGGGUCAAUCCAAACCCGAGACUACUACACUGAUUCAUCGUCAAGGAGGCGGAAGAGUCUCGACAGGUCUAGCUCCAUGAGGAAGACUGCUGCAGCGGUUGUGGCGGAUAUGGACGAGCCAAAACUUUCAGUGUCGUCGGCUAUAUCAAUUGACGCUUACUCAGGAUCACUGAGAGACAACAAUUACGCGGCGGAGACGACGGAUAACGGCUUUUUCCGGGAACCGGCGGUGAUGAUCGGCGAGAGGAAAGUGAAUAGUAACGAUAGUAACAAGAAAUCGAGACGGUGGGGGAAAUGGAGCAUCUUAGGGCUUAUUUACAGGAAGAGUGUUAACAAGUAUGAGGAAGAAGAGGAGGAGGAAGAGGAUAGGUAUAGGAGAUUAAACGGUGGAAUGGUGGAGAGAUCGUUAUCGGAGUCAUGGCCGGAGCUGAGAAACGGUGGAGUAGGAGGUCCGAGGAUGGUGAGGAGUAAUAGCAAUGUGAGCUGGAGGAGUUCCGGUGGUGGAUCAGCGAGGAAUGUCAACGGAUUCGAUAGGAGGAAUAAGAGUUCAAGGUACUCACCUAAGAAUGGGGAAAACGGAAUGUUGAAGUUUUACUUGCCACAUAUGAAAGGUAGCCGGAGAAUGAGCGGUGCAGGAGGAGGAGGAGGCGGCGGUGGUGGUGGAGGCGGCGGGUGGGCGAAUAGUCAUGGGCAUUCUAUAGCGAGGAGUGUAAUGAGGCUGUAUUGAUCAACAAAAUUGUUCAUUGGAUGGUUUAGGGGUUUAGCUCUAUGAAUUCUGAACCUUUUGUUCUUUUUUUUGUAUUUCGUUGGUUUUGGGUUUAAUUUCUCGGUGUAAUUGGUUUACUUUUUAAUGUUAAGGGGGGAGGCAUUUUCAAACGAAUCACUUGUUGUUGUCUAUUUUAACCGGAAUAAACCGCCUUUCGACCA